GUCUCUUUGCCUCGGCCCACCACAUACACACUCACAGCAGUCAUCACACACACACACACACACACACACACACACACACACUUACACACACACACACACACACACGCUCACACACACACAUGCACGCUUGCACCGGCACACAUAUGGAGUAUUACUGCUACCUCCUGCUCUGGAUCUGCAGCCAGCAGUUAGGCUUCAAUGACUGCUUCAAUAUCGACACAAAGAACGCCAGGAUCAUCAAAGGCCCUAAACAAGCCCAAUUUGGAUACACUGUGCAGCAACACGUGGCCGCUGGAGGAGAGAAAUGGUUAUUAGUGGGCGCUCCGUAUGAAAUGAACGGCCCUUACCAGACAGGAGAUGUUUAUAAAUGUUCAAUGAGCAGACGGACCAAUGGCAACAGUUGCUCCAAGCUCAACUUAGGAAGGAUAUCUCUGACCAACGUGUCAGAGCGAAAGGACAAAAUGAGGCUGGGAAUGACGCUCACGUCAAACCCUAAAGACAACAGCUUUGUGGCUUGUGGGCCGCUCUGGUCCUAUGAGUGUGGCAGCUCUUACUACAGCACUGGCAUAUGCUCCAGAGUCAAUGCGAGCUUCAAGUUCUCUAGAACGAUCGCGCCCGCCUUUCAGAGAUGUGAGACCUAUAUGGACAUAGUGAUCGUUCUGGAUGGCUCAAACUCCAUCUACCCCUGGUAUGAAGUGCAGGCUUUUCUCAUCAACAUUCUGCAGAAGUUCUAUAUUGGACCAGGUCAAAUACAGGUUGGAGUCGUUCAGUACGGUGAGAAGGUGGUGCAUGAAUUCAAACUCAGUGACUACAAGUCUGUUGAGGAAGUGGUGAAGAGAGCACGCAGUAUCGACCAACGAGGUGGAGAGGAGACCAACACAGCUCUCGGCAUCAACGUAGCACGCUCACAGGCUUUCAAACAAGGAGGUCGCCGCGGUGCCAAGAAGGUGAUGAUUGUGAUAACUGACGGAGAGUCACAUGACAGCCCGGAUCUCCAGCAAGCCAUCGAGGACAGUGAGAGCGACGGCAUCACGCGUUAUGCCAUUGCUGUCCUUGGCUACUACAACCGCAGAGGAAUCAACCCAGAAGCUUUCCUAAAUGAAAUCAAGUACAUCGCCAGUGACCCAGAUGACAAACACUUCUUUAAUGUGACAGACGAGUCGGCGCUGAAGGAUAUUGUGGACGCACUUGGAGAACGAAUCUUCAGUUUGGAAGGAACCAGCAAGAACGGGACGGCGUUUGGCCUCCAGAUGUCUCAGGCUGGAUUUUCCGCACACAACGUGGAGGACGGGAUUCUGGUGGGUGCAGUCGGGGCUUAUGACUGGAACGGAGCAGUGCUGAAGGAAACACGACAGGGGAAAGUGGUUCCUCCCAAGUCUUCCUACACACAAGAGUUCCCCGAAGAGCUCAAAAACCACGGUGCCUACUUGGGUUAUACUGUGACGUCCGUGGUGUCAGCCAGAAACGGUCGUCUACUCGUAGCAGGAGCUCCACGAUUUAACCACACCGGCAAAGUCAUCAUCUUCACUCUGAAGAACUCGGGCAACCUCACCAUCCUGCACUCCCUCAAAGGCCAGCAGAUUGGCUCCUACUACGGCAGUGAGAUUGCACCUUUGGACAUUGAUGGAGACGGUAUAACUGACAACCUGUUGGUGGCAGCACCCAUGUUCUUCAGUGGAGGCUUGGAGAAGGGAAAGGUCUACAUCUACAGAGUGACAGAGCUGAAUCGUUUCAUCCAUGAGGGGGCGUUGGAAAUCCAUAACGGAGGCCAGAACGCUCGCUUUGGCUCAGCGCUCGCUCCUGUGCCGGAUCUGAACGGUGACGGCUUCAAUGACUUGGUGGUGGGCGCUCCACUGGAAGAUGACCACAAAGGAGCCAUUUAUGUUUUCUUCAGCCAGCACAACAGAAUCCUGCGCAAAUACAAACAGAGGAUAGCAGCAGCAGAUUUGGCUCCUGGCCUGCUGUACUUUGGCCGCAGUAUCCAUGGCACAAUGGACAUGAACGAUGAUGGUUUAGUGGAUCUGGCAGUGGGUUCCCUCGGUGCUGCUGUUCUCCUUUGGUCGCAGAGUGUUGUCCGGAUAUAUACCACCAUCAGGUUUGAGCCCAGUAAGAUCAACAUCUUUGUGAAGGACUGUCAGCGAGGUGGCAAAGACGUGACCUGUAUGUCAGCCAUUGUAUGUUUCAACAUCACUGCCAGGACGGCCAUUCCACCCACACAGGAAAUUGGAAUCAAAUAUAAUGUGUCCAUCGCGGAGAGACGUUUUAAUCCUCGGGCCAUACUGGACAACCCAAACAAGCUGCAGCCUCAAAACCUGACUCUCUUUCCUGGAGAAGAGACCUGCGAACACAUCUACUUCCACGUCAUGGAGACCACAGACUAUGCACGGCCCAUCGUGUUUUCUGUACAAGCGGGGCUACAGGAUCCAGCCAACGGACCAGUUCUGGAUGAAAGCUGGCCUACUGUUGUAAGGACCGAGCUGCCUUUCUGGAACGGCUGUGACGAGGAUGAUCGCUGCAUGCCUGACCUGGCGCUGCAGAGUAUGACCGACCUGAUGACUCGAAAUCACUUCUGUGCGCAGCCUGUACAGUCUCGUGGUGCUUUCUGCCGCCAUCUAAGUGAAGGAGGUGCUGAGGGAUCUCUGCGGGUCAUAGAAGGAAACAGAAGGAGGAUGGUGGUGGAUGUCCGAUUGGAAAACAAAGGGGAGAACGCCUACAAUGCUCGCCUAAAUAUCACCUACACACCCAACCUACUCUUCUCUAGUCUCAUAGUCAAGGACAACUCUGACAUCAAAGUAGAGUGUUUUGUUGAGGACAAACUGAGGCAUGAGAAGAUCUGCAAUGUCAGUGCUCCGUUCAUGAGGGCCAAAUCUCAGGUGUCGUUUCGCCUGGAGUUUGAGUUCAGUCGCACUGUCUUCCUCGAGCACAUCAGAGUCAUCCUGGAGGCCAGAAGCGAUGGCGAGGAAAUGAGCACGGCUGACAAUUUCAAUGAUAUCUAUUACUCAUUGAAGUACGAGGCAGACCUUCUCUUCACUAGGGAUUCAAAUCCAACGCGGUAUGACAUCAAAUCAGAGCUGUCGCUGGAGGAGCCCGGAGUCAUAGGCCCUCCUUUCAACUUCACUUUCCAGAUCCAGAACCUUGGCUACUUUCCAGUAAAGGAUCUGCAGCUGAACAUUGAAAUCCCAGAAAUGACGAAAAAUGGGAACCAACUCCUGCAGAUAUCUGACUUCUAUAUCGACCAGAGAGAUGGUACGCGCUGUUUACCACCUCAGCACGUGGCGCAGAGCAGGGCGGCACCUGAGGACCUUACACGCUUCUCCCGCUUGAACCGAUCCAACACGCUCACUCUGCCAAUCCAGUGCACCGUCAAUGUGGCCUCCUACAGAGAAAUCGCAGUCAGAAUCACAGGAGCACUAAGAAUAGAUACCUUACACGCACUAAAGUUUAAAAUCCUGGAACUGGGAACCAGUGCAUCGGUGGAGCUCCCCUCCUCCAGCCCCAUGUUUUUACAUGAAGAGAGGCCUGUCAGACAUAUAAUAUUGGAGAUCAGGAAGGAGGGAGAUUACAGAAUCCCUAACUGGAUUAUCAUCGGCAGCACACUGGGAGGACUCUUAUUGUUAGCCCUGCUCAGUCUUGCUCUAUGGAAGCUCGGCUUCUUCAGGAGGCAGAAACGGAGAGACGAGGACGAGCAGGGGGCAAACGGGAAAGUAGCCGAAGAGCGGUAACGCAGGCUGAGGGCCCCCAGCAGACGCCUUUUCCACAGGGGACCCGACACUCAGGGACCAACCCACCUCCCCCCUGCUCCCCAACACCACAGUGGCACCGCAUCGACAGCUCCGCAUGACCGCUGAAGCAAGGCUUGUUCAGUGCACUGGAUUUGUCCCACGCCACGACCCCUGACCCCCAAGAGUCAGCACUGUCACACUCACUUAGCAUUCCUGCACUGUUGCGACAUUAGGGCCUUCUUUGUCUAUGUAUUCACCGCCCUCCAGUGUCGUACCUUCCACAGAUCUUUGAGCUGUCGUUUUCUUGGCUUCAGGCUGGUGCUUUUCCCGGCCGUUUGAAAAGAAGAACAGAGCGAGCUUUGACCGAUCUGUCCCAAGAAUUUCAGGCCACAAUUUGUCCUUGAGGCAAGCGUUAGCCAAUCAUUUUUUUUGUCUCUUCCUGAUGUGUAUUUAUUUAACUCUUAUGGUAAAUUUUGAAAUACAUGAAGAACCUCAAGGGUGACUUGCCACCCAAAAGCUACCGCAAAUGUAAAGUUACUAUACUGUAUAUUGAAUUCGAUGUUUAAAAGAUUUUUAUCUGCAACAUGUUCAGCUCACUUGCAUAAUAAUUUAUGAAGAAACUAAACUGAACUAAAGUCGCCAGAGUACAAAGAAGGUUCAUGUUUAUCUAAGAACCCUGACACACCAAGCCGACGGUCAACCGCUGGUCACUGUCGGGCCGUUUGUGGGCAACUGCUGCGCUAGUUUCUGCAGUGUGUCCCAUGUCGUUGGUGCUAGUUGGCCCAUGUCAGCUUUUUCUCAGCCGAUUCAGCAUGUUGAAUCAGCGUCAGAGCACCGUAGCUCGACGGUGAGUAAAAUCACUCUGAUAGGCGGUUCCACACAGCACGCAACAAGAGAAACAGAACUGAGGAAAGUAAACAAAUGGCGGAAGUCAAAAGGGUGUGAGAAGGAAACCUACUUGUUAUUUUACAUAAGGUAAUAUUUUUAGCCAUUGAGCUCUUCAGGAGAAACAGUUUGUGUUAUUAUUUGCUGGCGCACCGUAAAUAUCCUUUGUUCAGUCAAUAUUGGGUUGUGUAGUUAAUGUGCUAACUGGCUAACUAGCAUCUUGAAUCCGUCCUGUCAGCCUUCCAGUUUCCCUUUUUGAAUGACAAAUGCAGACUACCGCCGCCUGCUGACAUGAAGUUAUGUCCUCUCAUGCACGUGCAGAACUUUCGCGCAAGUUGGCCGUUGUCAUUUUUGCAGUGUGUUCAGAGCAACUUUUUGGCUGAGACACAAGCAACAUUGUCUCCACUUGCUCUUUGAUGUCGGUUUGGUGUGUCGGGCCUUUACAGAGAUGUUUCUUAAUUUUUUUUCUACAGAGAAGAAUCUUCUAAACCUGCAUCCGCUCUUAGGAGUUCACUCCUUUUUCUUUUUAAUAUGUUCAUCCUGGAAAACAUUAACCAUUUGAUGCACUUUUACUUUGUACAAAAUUAACUUGAAUUUUGUAAAUAGUCAAGUACCUUUUUAUACCCUUUCAAAUAUUAUAAUGGUUUUCAGUAUUUUUCCACGUGGUUUAUGGCAUUACUUUGUAACUUAAGCAACGAGGCUUUGUGUUACUGAACCUGUUACGAGACGUUGCAUGCCUUUUAACGUGCACUGCAUCAGAGCAAAAGGAUGUGCAUAAAGUACUGCAGGCAACAUGGAUAUCAACAAAGUAAUUCUGAUGAGUAACUGUAACUAAAUGACGAUCAGAUGCCAUAAAGAUGAGUCCAGUAAAUGCACAUUGCUUAAAGUAUGUCAGCACCCUCCUGGUGUUACCAACGAAUGUCAGUUUGUCCUGUUUUGAUGAGAAGAGCUGUAAUAUGCCUACAAAU